AUGUUUAUGAGCAGUCACAUUAGCAUAGAGCGUGGUGGCGUCAAAUCGCGUGACUUUCACCCAGCUCGCCAGCAAACGGUUCCAGUACGCUUCAAGCUGACUUCUGAGGAACAAUACCUGUUGGAGGCGUUGGCACGGUUCUCUUACUUUGAUCGAUGGACCGAUGAGCAGCGACGGAACUGUUGCCAUCGGGCGCAGAUCCGUCAGUUCGAGCCUGAUCAGACAGUGUUCGUCGAGGGCGAAGCCCCAGUCAACUACGCACACUUUGUGCUCAGCGGCGAGUGUGGACUUCUGCAAUGCCUCAAACUCCAUUGGCGACACGACCGCCGCACGGGAGCCAAGCGUUAUCGGUUAUCCAAGGUUCAAUACACGGAGGACGAGAUAACUCGAUUUCAUCGUCGGCGUCAGCAAAAAAAGGACUCAACUCUCGCCAAAGAACUCACGCUGCCCACUUCAAGUCAAAGAACGAUUCCAGCACCUUCAAUCGCGGGACACAAACCAUCUCAGAUUGAGUACCAUUUUGUCGACAUCGCCACCUACAGUCGCGGCUCGGUCUUUGGCAUCGGCGAACACAUGGUUGAUCGAGCUGUGUUUGCUCGCAGCCGCGUCCAGUGCCUACUGAUACCGCGAUACUGGUUGCUUGAGAAACCUCAAAAUCGGGGCAAUAUUUGGAACCGCAUUCGCAUCUUUCUUGAACAACGACAACCAUCGCGAGUACGCUUGUUUCGGUGGUUUCUGGCCGGGGUUCUAUGGCAUCGCUAUCGAAAGGAGCUAGUCGAUGAUUUUUUGAUAGUGCACGCUCCACGCCAUCUACCGCGAUUAUUCGACGUGCCACUUGUGUGUCGCAUCGAAGAGUGCAAUGUACAGCUGAACGAGUAG